CUCAUUCCUCAUUCGAUCAAAUUCGCUCUAACUUCAUUCGGAAUUAAUUCGAUUUGUACUUAUUAAAAAGUCAUUAUUAGCCGGUUUUGCGUUAAAGAAUAUCGCGAUGUCGAGUUUUAAGCCAAUCGACGGUUCGAAGGAAGACUUUCGAAAAUACCUGGAUCGCACCGGUGUAAUGGACGCACUUACUAAAGUACUAGUUAGAUGCAAAUUAGAUCGUCCGGAAAACGCUAUGGAAUAUUUGUUAGAAAACUUCGGAGAAAAUCUCAAGAACAAGGACAUAAUCGCUAGGUUGGAGAGCGACUUGUACGAAGCUCGGAACGAAAUCGAAGCGUUAAAGCGGGAGCUCAGCUCAUUACGUGCCAGCGACAAUGUCAACGAAUCCAUCAACUCAAAUGAUAGAUCUUAUGAAGAUUAUGAUCUCUCUAAUCGUUUUGACGAUUUACGUACGAGUGAGCAGUAAAUAGCAUUAUGCAUAAUAUUGAUAUUGAUUAAAUGCACUUUUAAUACUGUGAAAAAUAUGUAAGUACGAUGUUUGCCGUACAAUAAAAAUUUCAA